GCCUACAAUUUAACUUCUGGAAGUGUUCAGUAUAGUUUGCGACAAGGGUCAUUUUUUUUGGCCUUGUGGCUGGACCUAAAUAGUGAAUUUCCCUCUGGUUCUGUCCUUACGCGAAGCUCCGGCGUUGUGCGCCCAUAACCAUGGGUAAGAUCAAGUGCUCGGAGUUGCGCACGAAAGACAAGAAGGAGCUGACCAAGCAGCUCGAAGAGCUCAAAUAUGAGCUCAGCAACCUCAGGGUGGCGAAAGUCACCGGUGGAGCUGCUUCCAAGCUCUCCAAAAUCCGUGUAGUACGUAAGGCCAUUGCCCGUGUGUACAUUGUUAUGCACCAGAAACAAAAGGAGAACCUGAGGAAGUUCUACAAGGACAAGAAGUUCAAGCCUUUGGACCUUAGGCCUAAGAAGACCCGUGCCAUCAGGCGGAGACUUACCAAGCACGAGAGUAGGAUCAAGACCAGGAAGGAGCUCCGCAAGAUGUCUGCCUUCCCCCCACGUGUAUUUGCCGUGAAAGCUUGAUUCCUCUUUGUACAAAUAAAACAUAAAAUCUAU